CCACCAGGGAAGGGAAACUACUGGACCUUAGAUCCCAACUGUGAGAAGAUGUUUGACAACGGGAACUUCCGUCGCAAACGCAAGCGGCGCUCUGAGCCCAACGCCCCCGCGACCGCGUCUGCGGCUUCCUCUCUGGGGGGCCUGAAGGCCGAGGAGGAGCGACCCAUCCCAGCCCCAGGCAAACCGUGUGGAAACAGCCCACCCCCAGAGCUGGACCCCUCACCUUCUGCCAGAGACCAUCCGAAAAGUUCCUCUCCCUCCGGUAUCAUUUCAUCCACCCCUAGCUGCCUCAGCACCUUCUUCAGCGGCAUGAGCUCCCUGAGCAGCGGAGGCAGCCGGUUGACAGGGGGUCUCGGCAGUGACCUGCAUCACAGGAACUUCUCUGCUGGACAGCUGAGCAGUGGCACUUUCACCCCAUCCAGCAGCUCUUCUCAGGAGGUGCCUUCAGCAGACCAGCUGCAGCGGGUUGCGGGACCUUCCCCCGCCUACUACAGCUCCUUCCACCCCAGCAGCAGCAGCCAGGGAGCCCAGUACAACCACUACUACAACUUCACAGUUAACAGCCUCAUCUACACCCGGGAUGGAACGGAGGUGUAGGAUGCUGGGGCAGUCAGCCGGCGAGCGCUGCAAAGGGAAUCGGAGUUGCAGUUGUAUUUGGUGGCACGGAGGACCAUACGCUUUUGCAAACAGCAUUUCAAUGUGGACACUUCCCAGGAGUUCUUCCAGGAAGACAGAUCUUUUCGCAAGAAGAACACCCCAUAAACACCAGCAGAAGGCAGAUGCAAAUCUUUUCCCCUGAGCUUAGUACCAAAGAUAAUUCGAUAGCCAUGCAGCUUUAGCGCAAGAAUAAACACUGGGGUAUUUUUAUACAUAUUUGUACGUAAUGUAACUCUUCUGUACAUAUGUUUCUAUGUGGUUUUAUAUUUGUAAAUUAUGCUCUGGAGCUGUACUUAUUUAUAAUGUGUUUUAAACUGCGUUAAAGUUUAUUUUACUUCGUUUCCCCUUCUUUUUUUGUUGUUUUAUUUGUUUCGAAUUUUUUGUCGGUUCCGUUUUUGUUCGUUAGUGUAUUAAUGAAACUUUUCAGGCUGACCAGCGGUCGAGAAUAAAAUGUUAACA